AUGUCUCGAGUUCUUGUUGGAGUUAAACGAGUAAUUGAUUAUGCAGUAAAGAUUCGCGUGAAGCCAGAUAAGACUGGCGUGGUAACCGAAGGGGUUAAGCACUCCAUGAACCCGUUCGAUGAGAUAGCGAUCGAGGAGGCUGUGAGAAUGAAGGAGAAAAAAUUAGCGGACGAAGUUAUUGCCGUCAGCUGCGGGCCUGCUCAAGCCCAAGAGACUUUAAGGACAGCGCUGGCGAUGGGCGCUGACCGGGGUAUCCACGUCGAGGUCUCUGGAGCUGAGUACGAGACUCUUCAGCCUCUCCACGUCUCCAAGAUUCUGGCCAAGUUGGCCCAAGAAGAGAAGGCAGACAUUAUCGAGCAUGGAAAAGGUGAACUAACAAUCACCCGAGAAGUUGACGGUGGUCUAGAAGUAGUAAAAGUAAAAACCCCAGCAGUCCUGAGCGCAGAUUUGCGCCUGAACGAGCCUCGCUACGCAACUUUGCCGAACAUCAUGAAGGCCAAAAAGAAGCCGAUUAAAAAAGUAACUCCAAAAGAUUUGCAAGUAGACACAACAGCCAGGAUCGAAGUAGUUUCUGUUGAAGAGCCACCGGUGAGACAAGCUGGCUCCAUUCUACCCGACGUCGACGCUCUCGUCGGAAAACUCAAAGAAGCUGGUCAUGUUUAA